UGCUCCCUGCCUGGGGCACGCUCUGCCACCACACCAGAGGCUGUACAGGCUGCUGGGCUCCUUGGGGAACCUUCUGCUGCCAGAAGGACAAUUUCCAACCAUUAAGGAUUUUACUUCAGAAAUUGUUUUCCCGUGACUGAAAAUAUUAAAUUUUAAUUGCUGGUUUUUGUGAGGGGAUGAGGGGGAGGGCACUUUGGGUGGAAAAACUGACACUGAAGCACUGACCUUCUGAAAAGUGGAACAACAGAGAUCACCAGAGACUCCAUCAGCCUGAAAGAUGACAAGGAAGAACUUUUAGUGCACUAGUGUUCAUUGAUGAAUUUCAACGCUGCCAAACUGUCACAGCGGGCUCCGGGACAACUGUGUCCUGCACCAACACCUGUGGCACCCACGGAUCGCCUUCUCUGCGUUUACCCUGCAAGAUUUCUCUGGACUAAACUAACCCAGCUAACGGCCUCACAGGAAGCAGAGACGGCCCAGCAUGAACAACAGCACUGAAAAUAAUGCACUGCAGGAUGGCAUCGCACUACUUAAGACGAUUAUCUACACCCCAGUGCUCGCUUUGGGGAUCCCACUGAACGCAAUUGCCUUCUGGGUCUUCUGCUGCAAACUCAAGGGGUGGACUGAGACCAAGGUGUACAUGAUCAACCUCAUCGUUGCGGAUAGUUUCCUGCUCUUUACCCUGCCUUUUGUGAUAUAUUUUAACAAGUACGACCAUCCCAUAGACCAGCUGUGUGUUGCCAUAGACAACAUCUAUUUUACAAAUAUGCCUAUGAGCAUCUUUAUCAUCACCUUGAUUGCAAUUGAUCGAUACAUUGCAAUCAAGUUCCCUCUAAAAGCAAAGGUUUUUCGAUCCCCGCUGAAAUCAGCUUCUAUCUGUGGCUUUCUUUGGAUAAUGCUCAUAAUUUAUUCCAACAUCCAUCUAAAAUUUCAGAAUAGGUGGGAAAGAUUCUGCUUUCGGACUCGAUCUCUUGACCCUAGUUAUUUUUCUUUAUUCACUAUUAUCUUUGGAUUUUUUAUUCCCUUAGGUAUUGUGAUUUUUUGCUCAGUACAAAUCAUCAGAUGUCUCAAAAAGAACAUGGCCACAAGCCCCCAUGAGACAAAAUUAAUCCAGAAGGCUGUGCACAUUGUUUCUGUGAAUUUGUGUGUGUUCACUGUAUGUUUCUCCCCUUUCUACAUUACACUGCUCGUGCUGUUUGCAGUGGAGGUUACUGGAGCAUCUUCUCUGGUGUCAGCAGUUAACAACUCUAUUAAGUUCUCUGCAUGCUUAGCAAAUUCUAACUGCUGUUUGGAUGCAUUUUGCUAUUAUUUUGCAGCCAAGGAAUUUCCAGAAUUUUCUUCUAUAUUCCCCACCUGUAUGAGGUCCAAGACAAAUGAAAGGCAAGAGUCACAGCCACCCACAGGUGAAGUCAUGGCAUGAACAAGGUGUAGUGCACGAGAUGUUAAGUGCCACUCUGCUGCUGAAGUUUUGAGGCAGAGGGAAUGGAACCACCUACAGUAUAUGCAGUCAUUGUAGGUAUAGGCAUACCU